AGCCGUGACGUGUCGAGAAAGUGUCAAACAGAAGGAUGUAGAAAGAAAAAUGAUCGAAAACAAUCUAGAUAAACUUACUAAGCUACCUAGUAGUCGCCCGCAGCGGUAGUUUGGAUAACCGUAGGUACACAGGUGAAACACUAGCCGCUCCUCUCCUGUUUAAACCGGGUACAUUGGUUUAACUCACUUCUGAACCCGCGACAUUGACCGUCGAGCUAACUUAGUUAGCAACAGUUGAGCUAACCGGAGUCAACGUUGAACUGUAGCACGGUCACCGGCUUAGCUAACAGUGACAUGUACGUCACGCCAGGCUGGCCGUGUUCACGUUAGACUCGCACCUGGGUUAGUCUGGUCCACGUCCGUCAGUAUACUCUAGUCUCCAGCAGGACUGAGACCCUACAGCUACAGGACAGGACGAUGUCUCGGAGGCGGCUGGACAGUCGCAGCGGACUCGCCGCCGGGCUGCUCGGGGAGAUCCAGACACCGAUCAGCACGGAGCCGAUGGAAAGUGUGUACGACUUCACCGGAGAGCUGGGGAGGGGGAAGUUUGCUGUGGUCAAGCGCUGCGUAGAGAAGGCCACAGGGAAAGUGUUCGCCGCCAAGUUCCUGCGGAAGAGGAGGCGAGGUCGCGACUGCCGGGCAGAUGUCAUUCACGAGAUGGCCGUCCUGGAGACAGCCCGCAACAACUCCCGAGUGGUCAACCUGCACACGGCAUAUGAGACGGAUCACGACAUCGUCCUACUGCUUGAGUAUGCGGCAGGCGGAGAGAUAUUUGACCACUGCGUGUCUGACGAGCUGCUGCCGGAGGCCCAGAUCACCCGUCUGAUCAGGCAAACACUGGAGGGAGUCCACCACCUCCACCAGAGCAACCUGGUGCACUUGGACCUGAAGCCACAGAACAUCCUCCUGACAAGCCUUUCUCCUCCAGGAGACAUAAAGAUUGUAGACUUCGGCCUGGCACGCAGGUUGGGCGCGGUCGGAGAGCUCAGAGAGAUACUUGGCACACCCGAGUAUGUGGCUCCUGAGAUCCUGAAUUAUGAGCCAAUCACAACAGCGACUGACCUAUGGAGUGUGGGUGUCAUAGCCUAUAUGCUGGUGACGGGCGAGUCUCCGUUCGUCGGGGACGACAAGCAGGAGACCUAUCUGAACGUGUCCCAGGUCAACGUGGACUACAGCAAGGAGACCUUCUCCAGGGUGUCUGAGCUGGCCGUGGACUUCAUCCGCAAGCUGCUGGUCAAAACACCAGAGGACCGGCCCAGCGCCGCAGAGUGCAUGAGUCACCCCUGGCUGUGGCAGCUCUGCCUGAGCUCCGAACCCACCGCCACCCGCACCGUCCGCGAGAGGAGCUGCGGCACCAAGUGGGCGGCCCUGCCCGAGGACCCCGAAGACAAGGAGAACUUUCUGGAGUUGCCCCACUCGCAUGCAAAAAAGUUCCGCUUCGACGAGGAAAGGCCCGCUGCUGGAGACGGCGACUUUUGAACUUCUUGGAGGAAUGGAAGCGUGAGGCUGUGGGUGUCCGCUUCUCCCCCGUGAGCUUUUAAAUUAUUUUAAAGCCUCCAGAAAACCAGCUGUCACCACUCAAAAGUAUAUGUUUUUCACUAAUUUGCAAAAUUCCGAGAUCGACCACUCAGACCAAAGAUAACCAGCUAAAUUUUUUAGAUCUGUCACUGAUCAAUCGCUGUUAAAAAGAGUGUGAAAAUUGUACAGUAUGUCUCAAUUAAUGCAGUGUGUUUAACCUGAAGUAUUUAAUUCCUUUCAUUGUUGAAAUCUCUGGUAGUUUCAAAGCGCUGCACUCUGUGUUGUUCCUGUACUGAUGAAGGCUAGUGUGGAGUAUUUCUAGGGAUAUCUAUGCAAUACCUCUCUUGUGCAUUUUAAAUCAAUCUUUUUCAAGUUAAUAGCGCUCUGCCUUAAGGUCGGAAGUGAAGUGUUCUUGGUCACUUUGUGCUUCAGCAGAAAUGGGUGACGUCGAGCACCUCUGCAAUGAGGAAGUGUGAUAAUGUCCUCGUUUGCAUGUUGAAGAGAAUAAGGGACAGCUGCACAGCAUCAUGGGAAACCUUUUUGACUCAUAUUCUGGGCUUUGUGUUCGGGUCAUUCCAUCACUUUUUAAGUGAAUGUUCAUAAAACACGCUGCUGUCUUUAUGUCAUAGCGCUAUCUCUUACUGCCUGCAUCAUCGCUGUAUGUCACAUCCAAGCUGACUUUAAAAACGAGCAGCAGAGGGGCUGAAUUACACACAAGCACAUUACUUAUUACUGACAUGUUUUAUAUGUCUGCAAUAAUUCAGAUUUAGCUCAGGGCUUUAGAUCAAACUCAUUUUAAAUAGCUCCAAACUUAGCAUAGUCCCCUUCUGAAGAAAGCCUCCCACAUUUACUUUACAUUACAUUUAAGAAGCUGCUGCUUUGACAGAACGGUUUCACACCAGCAACAAAUCCCCAUGGCAUCCUUCUCUAGUAAGAGGGGAACUUAGAAACUGUACCAGCUGAAAAAAAAAACAGUGAAUCACGCAGUCAUUCACAUGCCACACCCGCACUUACUCAAAUGAUUUCCUCGGCGAGCUGCAGGUUCCUCUUUUAGCCGGAAAAAGAGAAGCUCGACUUUAGCACUUACUCCAUAAGCACACGUGUGAUACUGCUAAGCAAAAGGGGGUUCUGUGUGUUUGCCGGUCCAUUUAAAGGAUCUCUGUGUCUUUCAGUCCCUCGCCAAAGCCAUUCAGUGUCCUUUCAUUCAAAACUACUCCAGUCCUGUCGGGUCAGGGCGCCUGAAGUAAUAUAUAUAUAUUCCUGUUGUGUUCAUCUCAGGGCAUGCUGCUCGCUCUCUGCUCACCUUGUGUUGUAUUCUUAAUGUUAUUCUUACAGGCCUAUUAUUAUUUUUAUUUAUGUGCUGGACUUAUACUUUAUAUUUUAUGUAAAUAACGUGUCUUUAUGAGGAAGUGUUGAUUACAGCGGGAGAGGAUGAUUACGGUGUUAUUUAAAAAACAAGCUGU